AUGGCAGCGCCGACGCUAUUCGAAAGUCUUCAACUCAAAAUUGACGAGGACACCAACGUGAGAGAUCAACUAAGAGAUAUCACCCAAGCCUUGGAGCGACAAGGCAGAACUACGCAGGCUAUUUUAUCACGCUCCCAUGCCACUCCAUGUGCGCAGUUAAAAUCCGUGAUUGAAGCGGCGGAAAAGUCCAUUAAACUCGAGUUGCAAAGUGUUGGGACCCUCGCGACUAUCGCCUCCAAAUCUCCUUAUUACAAGUACAAUCAACUAUGGACUCGCGAUAUACAGAAUCUAAUUUUUAACAUCCUUUUUUGUGCUUGGUUAGGGGGUGUGGGGCGAGAAGGCCAUGAAGGCUCACCUGGAAAACUGUUGACUAUUGAGGAAAUCGGCAUCAUCAUGAACGUACCUGUCAACCUUAAUGAGUCUGAUUUAUUUCACGUAACAAUCGAAGAGUAUCUCCAUUCUUUGAUUUCUCUCAUUGAGGAAUUGGCUCGUCUAGCUAUAAAUUCAGUCACCCUAGGCGAUUAUGAGCGUCCACUACAGAUUAGCAAAUUUGUCAAAGAAUUACAUUCCGGGUUUCAGUUACUGAAUCUGAAGAAUGACUCAUUGAGACGGAGAUGCGACAGCAUCAAGUAUAAUGUGAAGAAGAUCGAGGAUAUUGUCUAUGACUUAUCGCUCCGGAACCUGAUCCCGAGCACUGUGCCCAUGGAAACGGAAGGUCAAGCAAAUUAA